GGGCUGCGGGCCGGGACGUGGGGACAGGAACCGGUGGCCUGGGGCCCUGUCGCGCGCCGGAGCGGGCAUGUGGAUAUCUGUCCCCUUGCUGGAGCAGCACCCUACGGGCGACCCCAGCUGCCGGGGUCCACGUCGCGCCCCGGUGAGGGCAUCAGGUCCCACUCCGCGGCACGGGCUGCGGGCUCGGUCCACGCCACCACCUCCUCGCACGGCCUUUUUCUCAGACCUCGGCCGGGAGGGGGAGCUGGACCGAAGUCCCCGUGAAGGCCGGAGCGCUUGGCCACGCCCCCCGUCCUGUUAGCGACUUCCUUCUCCAAUCUUAUUCAUCCUGAACGUUCCCUUCAGUUUCCGUACACACCUCGCUUGGGCCCCUGUAAAUGGCACUCGCCGGGUGAAAGCAGAUGCUGCGUGCUGUCUCUCUGUGGCUUGAGUCUGGAGGGCUGCUGCUGUCCCGUGGCAAACACUGAACACCGAGCGCCUUUCUCUGCGAGGGCACCCCAGCAGGUGUCCCCCAUUCAGGCAGACCCGGGAGUGCAGAGCAGGAGCGGUUGGGGAAGGGGCCAGGGAACCGUCCAAGAUCAUGCCUCGGGAACAGCAGCACCAGGAGUCAGGCUCCGCAGGCUGCCACCUGCCCCAAGCCCCAGCUGCGAUCUCCCAGGCCUAGGCACCCAUGACACCUAUGCUGACUGUCGCCUGGACGCUGCACAGCCACUGUGAGCUAGCACUGCCGCCGCUGCCGCCGCAGGGUCCAAUGCCAGUGAUACCCAUCCCGCGGCGGGUGCGCUCCUUCCAUGGCCCGCACACCACCUGCCUGCAUGCCGCCUGUGGGCCCGUGCGUGCCUCCCACCUGGUGCGUACCAAGUACAACAACUUCGAUGUGUACGUGAAGACGCGCUGGCUGUAUGGUUUCAUCCGCUUCCUGCUGUACUUCAGCUGCAGCCUGUUCACUGCGGGACUCUGGGGCACACUGGCCGUGCUCUUCUGCCUGCAGUACCUGGGCCUGCGCGUGCUACUGCGCUUCCAGCUAAAGCUGUCUGUGCUGCUGCUGCUGCUGGGCCGCCGGCGUGUGGACUUCCGCCUCAUGAACGAGCUGCUCAUCUAUGGCAUCCAUGUGACUAUGCUGCUGGUUGGGGGCCUGGGCUGGUGCUUCAUGGUCUUCGUGGACAUGUGAGGGUGCUGCAGGCCGGUGCCAGGCUCACUUGAAGUGUCCGGCGCAGUUCUGUGGGGGGCUGGGCGUCUGCCCCAUCCAGCAGGCAGGCCUGCAGUACACAUUCCCAUUCAGGAGCAAAGAGGGCUGAGACUACAGUCUGUGUCCAUCCCUCCCUCUGACCACUCCCCGCUGACCCUCCCUCUGCGUGCCUCACGGUGCACUGCACCCUGAGCCUCCUGUCCACCUUGCUUGUUCAGUUGCCAUACAGGGUGGCACCUCUGUCCAGCCUGUGCUCUGAGACCCGAGGACAGGGAGGCAGUACAGGAACAGAGGUGAAGGGUUCUCUUCCCUGCAGACCCCUUUUCUGUGCGCCCCUGAUCUCAGCCGCAGCCUCAGGGACAGUCAGCCUCCACUAGUGACACCACACUGCCACGUGGGUUCUGGCCCAGACACAGACAGACAGAGGUUGUGUGGGUCCUGAAUCCCAGGCUGGGUCUCAGAGCCGCUGCAGUUUGCUGCAGGGCCAGCCCCACACCAGCAGCUCUGUCUCCCUCACCUGGGGCAGGUCUCAAGGAGUUGAGCCUGUGCUUAAGUAGCUGCAAACGUGGGCUUCCAGGGAGUGCCUCUUUCUAACUCCUGGGCAGUUCCGGGAUCUCUGAGACAGCAUCCAGGGUUAGACCUGCUUGUCUUGAGGGAUGUCAGGGGUUCAGACAGGCCCACCCUGGGAAUCCCGGGCCAACUCCAAAGGUGCCUUCCGGGUGCCAUGUGCAGCGGGCAUAUGGGAGGGCUGCUGGCCUCUCCACUGCGAGAGCAUCCUGGGUAGGGACCCCCUGCAGCAGCCCCAUGAGGGGUGGGAUCAUGGUGCUGUGGCGGCCAGCACAGCCUACUGGUGAGGGGGCUCUGACUCAUAACAUCAGAGUGGGGACCCUGGGCCAGUCGGAGAGAGUGGUUGGCCAGCCCUUGGUUCACCUCAGAUUGUCGUCUCCAUGCCUGGGCAUGUGUCUUGGGCCCUUUGACCCUGUCUGGCGAAGCAGACCAGAGGCAGGGAAUCUGAGGACAGAUUCAUCCACUGAAGAGAAACCUAGAAAAUUGCCAACCAGGUGGGACAGCAAAGCCUACUGGCUAUAAACUGCCCCUCAGUUUCCAGCCAGCUUCAAGCAUGACCCCCCAGUGGGAGGGCUCUGCCCAGAGCGUCUGUCUAGUUUCCCCCAGGAGAGGCAGGCGAGGAGCUCCCUGGAGGACCCCACUUCUCGCUGCAGAGAAUCUUUUGCACUAAUUCCUGUCUUUCCUCAGAGCAGCUUUGUUUUGUGUUCAUUGACUGGCGACUCGGUGCUGCCGGAGCCCUCUUGCAUGGGUGCCGGCAGGUGCGUCGGGAGGUGGGAGGGGUCUGGCUGGGUCACCUUAAUGUGGACAGGACCUUGCCGUGCUGCACACCCAGCUGCCUGUGUCCCGAGUGCCUGUUGAAUUCUCUACGAGAGGAAGCUCCUGCAUUAAACCUAUUUUUUUAACAUGU